AUUGGACUUGGGCCGACCGGCAGCUUCUUGUGCUUCGUGGCCCUUCGGAUCUUGGAUCUGGGAAUCUCAAGCUCACUUCUUUUUGUGGACAAAAGGGCAUUGCCACAACAAAGAAAAGAAAUGCGGCAACUGCACAUCUUGGUGCUCAUAAGCACGGCUGCAUAUGGCGGCAUCGUGGCUGCUGGCACAGUACCACGAGGUGUUGGCCCUGAAUUUGCCAAAUUCUAUGACAUAACGGACACAUUUGCCUGCAUUGGCCAUCCGUCCAUCUCCAUCGCGGUGUCCAAAGUCAACGACAACAGCUGUGACUGCCCUGAUGGAUCCGACGAGCCUGGUACAGCAGCCUGCGCCAACAUUGACCCUCUGUCACCUCCUCAACCGUUGCCCAACUCAUUGUCCGGCACUACAAACACCAGCAAUGCCCUGCCUGGCUUCUGGUGCGCCAACGAAGGCCACAUCGGUACAUACGUCCCUUUUAUGUACGUCAACGACGGCGUCUGUGACUACGAUCUGUGCUGCGAUGGCACUGAAGAGUAUGGCGGCGUUGGUGGUGUGAAGUGCCCCAACAAAUGCAAAGAGAUUGGGAAGGAAUGGCGAAGAAUCGACAACGAGCGGAAGGAGAACCUCGAGCGGGCCAACAAGCGACGCCGCAUAAUGGUCAAGGAGGCCAAGGAGCUCCGCCGUCGGGUUGAGGCUAAGAUCACCAGCCUGACGGAGGAAAUCAAAAGUCUCGAAACAAAACGUGACGAACUGAAGAAGAAGCAUGACGAAAUCGAGCAUUCUGAACGCGGCAAGGUCGUCAAGGGUGAGGGAACUGGCAAGCUGGGCGUUCUGGUUGGCUUGGCCAAGGGAAGAGUCAACGAGCUGCGCGACACAUUGAACAUUGUUCUUGGUCAGCGGGACGAGCUGCGGGGCAAGGUUGCGGAGCUCGAGGGCAUUCUUGCGACUUUCAAGGAGGAGUACAACCCCAACUUCAAUGAUGAGGGCGUGAAGAAGGCGGUCAGAGCUUGGGAAGACUACGCUGCUAAGAUGGGCGAAAGCAAAGAUGAUAAUGAAAGCGACAUUCAAGAGGUGCUGAAGGAGGAUAAUACGGAGGGUGGCAUCAACUGGGACGAGUAUGUGGACGGGGAAGAGGCGACUGACACCGAUAUCCUCUACAGCCUUGAGGCAUACCUUCCGGGCCAGUUCCGAGACUUCAUCCACGACAAGGUGAACCUCCUCCGCAUCUGGCUCAUCGAGAAUGGCAUCAUGGCCGACAAUCCCUCUAGCAAAGGAGAGUCGCGUCUUGUGGUCGCCGCUCGAGAGGCAUACGAAGCCGUGGAUAAAGAUAUCACCAACAAGCAGCGUGAUCUUGACGGCCAGCAGGCGGACCUCGCCAAGGACUAUGGCGCCGACGACAUCUUCCGCUACCUGAAGGACAAGUGCGUCUCCAUCGAUUCAGGCGAGUACGAGUAUGAGCUCUGCUGGCUGUCCAAGACGGCGCAGAAGUCUAAGAAAGGCGGCGGUUCCACCAACAUGGGCCACUUUGACCACAUUGAUAUCGAGGAGAGCGAUGAAGAGGAACGCCAUGAUGGUAAGGGGUUGGGACGCGGGAAGAGGAUGGUUAUGCGCUAUGAUAAUGGGCAGCAUUGCUGGAAUGGACCGAACCGCAGGACCGAUGUCUGGCUUGCCUGCGCUGAGCAGGAGGAGUUGUGGCGGGUCAGCGAGCUUGAGAAGUGCGUUUAUAAAAUGGAGGUUGGUACGCCAGCGGCAUGUGAGGAGGCGGUCGAGCCUGGACAGGCCAAGCAGGGUAAGGAUGAACUAUAAACAGAUAGAGAGAACCAUAGACGACGAUUUGAGAAAAUCUCAAUCGCACAUCUACUUUCCUACGAGUGCAGACAGUUGGAUCUCAGGUGUAAAGAAGAGAUAUGUCGGAAACUCACCAUCAAGAUUCAGCCGCAAAAUGAAGAACCAAAUCAU